AUGUGCGAUGGCAUCGACCCUUACGAACUGCGCAUCGGUAAGGACGCUGCAUCGGACGUCAAUCUGCUGCCUGCCGUGACGCACGGCGACAUUGUGAAUUAUUUGGUGCUUUCAACAAGUCACGUCAUGCUGCAACAAAUGAAGGCCUACAAGUCGCUGGAUGGCCACAACUACUUCGCCAGCGGAUGGACAAAAAGAAGCCGCAGAGCAAAUCACCGUACUUGUCGACUCAUUAAUUCCGCACUGCAGGCCGAGUCGUCUUCGAACCGACCGCGGCUGCUGGCGCUGUGCCUGGCGGUCGCCUGCGGCACCUGCUUCCUGGCGGCGCAGUUGCUGGUGCCCCCGCCGCCGCUUGCCGCCACGACGGCCGAGCGGCAGCAGCCGCCUUCCGCCGCUGCGCCGCCCGCCGCCGCCGCGGCGGCGGCGGCGGCCGAUUCAGACUCGCGGCGGCGUCGUCUUCCGCAGUGCCUCAUCAUCGGCGCCCGCAAGUGCGGCACACGAGCCCUCCUCGAGUUCCUGGCACUGCACCCGUCCGUGCAGAAGGCGCCCGACGAGGUGCACUUCUUCGACGACGACGAGCGAUACGCCCUGGGCCUGGACUGGUACCGGCGCCGGAUGCCGGCGUCGCGCGCCGACCAGCUGACCGUGGAGAAGUCACCCGCGUACUUCGUCACCGAGGCGGCGCCCGGUCGCGUUUGGGCCAUGAACGCCUCGCUGCUGCUGCUCCUCAUCGUGCGGGACCCCGUGGUGCGCCUGGUGUCCGACUACGCGCAGCUGGCCGCCAACCGGCGACAGCUGCAGCGGGAGGACGCGCCACCCUUCGAGCGGCUCAUCCUGCUGCCCGACGGCGCCGUGAACGCCGAGUACCGACCCGUGCGCACCAGCAUGUACGCCGUGCACUUGCGCCGCUGGCUCUCGCACUUCCCGCGACGCCAGCUGCACGUGGUCGACGGUGACCGGCUGGUGCGCGACCCGCUGCGGGAGCUGCGCCGCGUCGAGGCCUUCCUCGGCCUGCCGGCGCUCAUACCGAGCGGCGCGCUGUACUUCAACCGCACGAAGGGCUUCUACUGCCUGCGCCCGAGGCCCAACGACACCGCGGGCCGCUGCCUCAACGACAGCAAGGGCCGCCGGCAUCCGCACGUCCCGGGCCCCGUGGUCAGUCGGCUGCGCCAGUUCUUCGCGCCCUUCAACCGAGAGUUCUACCACCUCAUGGGCAGAGACUUCGGCUGGCCCGAACAGUAGGACCUCCGAAAGAGGUCAUUCGGCGCAGCUCGGUCUGCAUUUCGCCCGAGGUUCGAGGCGCGUUUACAAAGUUGGUCUCCGCUGCGGUUUUCGUGGUGCACAGAGAAAGUGCCCCCUUCUUCGCAAGCACUCGUGUCAGUCACUUGCAAGAGCGGAAACGCUCGAAGAAAGAAAGAAGUCUGCGUGGAAGCGCCUUCUCGCGUCCAACGUCGACGUUAUUUUAUAUUUGACAGCGAAUUCCGAGGACGCAGUAUUCGUAAUAAGCGCGUCCACUUUCUCGAUAGUCGGAAGAUUAUGCCAAAUAUUUUAAAAGCGAAAUGGCCUAUAUGGCUUCUUGGUCCACAAGUUCGCUUCAUUUAUUUGCGCGCUUGGAAAUUGGUCGCACAACGCUUCCCGCAUUCUCAUUUGAUCUCCGAGACUCGGUGCGAGUCUAAGCAGGUGCGUCAUUCACUCGUGUGCUGCCGUAGACAAUCUGCCUUGUGUCCGUUCGACGUUCAAAACGCGACUGGUGAGAACACGUUUCGAGACAAUCAUAUUUCUCUUCCGGUAGAUGUCAACCGUAGCCUUUUUCUCGGUCUCCAUCGAACUUCGGUUCCACACUGUUGCGCAUUUUUGAGGCGAAAUGACAAUCAACUUCAUGUCACUGAUGCCAAUACUCAAGCCCCGUCUCAUUGCGAAUACUCGCAUAGAAAUCAUUGUUGCAGUUCGUGUUCACUUUCAAAAACUCCACAUCAUAUAGGGCAAUUUAAUGGCAGCGCGUAGAUGGAUGCAGAUUCGAUAUUGUCGGUGCUAUGGAGCAUAAACUCUUAGUCGAUCGCAAGUACGGAAUUUAGCGUGUGGUUCAGGAAACUUUGCGACAUGAGCUUGCGGUGUUUAUAAAUGUGUAUUUGAGGCUAUCUAAUCCGCUCCCUCUAAAAAGUAUACCAUGUCGUUUCGAAUUAGAUUGGUGGUUAGCAGCCAUUGAAUCGUGCAAGAGCCGCGUUUCGCAAUGGCGACUCGCACAGAUAUUUGUCGACAAUCAUGGUUCGCCUUAUAGCCCUCGCAUGUAUACACUCACUUUGCAGACAAUCAUGUUGUCCCGUAGCAUUUCGAGAGCUUCUUUGUGAGCUGCCUUUCCGAGACAAUCAUUUCACUUUUGUGAAUAUCGACAACUCGACGUUCUUGACAGCCUUGACAAGUGCCAGCCAAAUUGGUGCAAAGCAUUAGCUGCUUCUAUCUCGCUUAGACAAACGGUCUCACGUGACGCUCAAAGCCCCGUUUCUUUGUUAUCCGUGGGGAAAAGUACUGCGCAACGUUGCCUACAAACGAUUUAAGCCCGUUUCAUCCAUUUCUAGCGCCUAAAGGAGUACUGACACAGCCUAACCACAUCGAGGCGAACUUGGUUUUAAUGUGAACAACCAACAGCCACCUGCAUCACGAGUUUGUGUUGGCUGCUGUGAUCCUUGCGAGCGCGCUCUUUUCAACGGAAAGAGGGGGCACCUCCUUUACGGGCUGGCACGGGAGUACAAAGGCUGACGUCCUUGCCUCGGCAGGGCAAUUCUGGGGGAUCGCGCAUAUUUACAACAUCCCAGAGGGGCAGCACCCAGGGAGCCUUCGUUGAAAAGAGUGUGCAACGCGGUGCUGAUUGUGAACGCGGUUCUGUAUGAAAACCAUUUUGGGUCCUGCCUCACUCGGCGCUUUUUGAAACCGAAACUGCGACUAAAUAAGCAACCGUCGCGCGCUCGAGCAAAAGACUUUUGCAGCCGUAAUAAGUGACUCGUUAGCUACUUAUUGCAACAGAAAAAAAAACGAGAUUUUUUUUGUCAGUACUCCUUUACAUAAAAUAGGGAAAAAAAAAAACACAUGGAAAGAACGUUGGUUCACAGUGUGAAGCCUUCUCUGUGUCACUUUCUGUGUGCUCGUGUUUUUCUUAAUGCAUCAAACUUCGGUAUUCCAACUAGCCCAGCUAAGUGCUUUAAAAACGAUGUAUGCUCGUCCCUUUCAUAUAGGAGCAAAACAUUCGGACAUCUCUUCACAGCCCAGGCUGUUUACAGUGACGUCAUUAAUGUACCCUUGCUGCGUGUCGAUAGCUGUUUUUUAUUGCCCUGCUGUCACGGACUCACGACACGAUGACAUAUCGGGCAGGCAGGCAUUCGUAAUGACAGUCCAUUUGCGAGAAAAACAGGCUGAAAAAAAAACAAGAAAAGAAAUGCGAAAUUUUACGGGCUUUAAAGAUGAAUGUGACGCAGCGUUGCGCAAGCUUUCAGUGGCACCACCUGUUUUUUCCUCACGAUGACUGCACAAAUUGUCGGAUUUCCAUAAAUCUGUAGCUACGUCACAAGCGCCCUUUCAUUUUCGAUUGUCAAAAACCGCAGUCAUUAUUGAUUUAUUUGAUUCUCUUGUCAUCUAGAUUUGUAUGCAUACUUCCGCCUUGUUCGUAGGCUACUAUAUAUGCCUUACAAAAAUAUCUUAUUGUGAUUGUGCAGCCUCGUUCCAUUUUUUUUUGUUGUUUAUUGCUUUACUUCUGUUAUUCUCUCGCCUAACCCUGCAUUUUUAAGAAAUCCGUGACGCCAUACGCUGGUUUUUAGUAUUUGUUCUUUCGUGGGCGUCAGCCGUUUAUUCUGGGGUAUGUUAAGUUAUUAUUCAACGAGUAAAUAUGCUAAUUAUUAUUAUUAUUAUUAUUAUUAUUAUUAUUAUUAUUAUUAUUAUUAUUAUUAUUAUUAUUAUUAUUAUUAUUAUUAUUAUUAUUAUUAUUAUUAUUAUUGGGAGGGGUACAGCUGAAAAUCGUCCACACUGUACGCAUUUCUUCUUCGCCUGCAGUCGUGCUCUAAAAAAUAGCAAGGUUGAAAGGUUAAAAACAUCCUGUUGUGCAUGAAGCGCUAGAAAUUGGUUCUGAA